UGUGCUUACGUAACAAUGUUUUUUUAUUUAUUAGUGCCGGAUUAUUUUUUAUAAGUAGUGCAUCUAUGUGUACAACGGAAAAUUAAGUGAUGUUGUAGAAGCCAUGAAUUCGGCUCAUCUAUUCAUGGUAGCAGUCUGCUGUCACAUAGUUUCAGCUGAUGUAGACCGACGACGGGUCACCAAUCCAACGUACUACAAUGUGGGUGGUGUUCUAUCAAGCAAUGAGUCUGUGGCGUUUUUCAAGGACACUAUAUCGAAUCUCAACUUUAAAGACAAAUACGUUCCCCGAGGGGUGACGUACCAUGACUACUCAAUAUUAAUGGAUCCAAACCCAAUAAAAACCGCGAUGAAUGUCUGCAAGGAUCUUAUCGGACACAGGGUGUAUGCAGUAGUGGUAUCACAUCCACUAACCGGCGACCUUUCUCCAGCAGCCGUUUCUUACACCAGCGGUUUUUACCAUAUUCCAGUGAUAGGAAUAUCUUCCAGAGAUUCUGCCUUCUCCGACAAGAAUAUUCACGUAUCAUUUCUGCGGACUGUUCCACCAUACUCGCAUCAAGCUGAUGUUUGGGUAGAUGUCCUUAGACACUUUAAUUAUAUGAAAGUCAUCGUCAUACACAGCUCCGACACCGAUGGUAGAGCUAUUUUGGGAAGGUUUCAAACUACAUCACAAAGCAUCGACGAAGAUGUCGACCGCAAGGUGAUGGUUGAACAAGUGAUUGAAUUCGAACCAGGUUUGGAGUCUUUUAUUGAUAAAUUAAUGGAUAUGAAAACAGCACAAGCUAGAGUUUUCCUAAUGUAUGCAAGCACAACCGAUGCAGAUAUAAUAUUUCGCGAUGCAUCCUAUUUAAAUAUGACCACAACUGGCUACGUGUGGAUAGUAACAGAGCAGGCGUUGGAUCCUGCAAAUGCUCCUGAAGGUCUCCUAGGUUUACGGCUCGUCAAUGCUACUAAUGAGCAUGCACAUAUUCAAGACUCUAUUUACGUCCUAGCAUCUGCCAUUCGUGAUAUGAACACGUCAGAGGAAAUUUACGCUCCACCUUCAGAUUGUGAUAACUCGGGUUCUAUCUGGACAACUGGACGUCUUCUGUUUGAUUACAUACGAAAGCAAAAACUGGAGAACGGAGCAACAGGCCAUGUUGCGUUCGAUGAUCACGGGGAUAGAGUACAUGCGGAAUAUGACAUGGUGAAUGUUAGAGCUCAGGGAGAACACGUUGCUGUAGGGAAAUACUUUUAUUCAAAGGAAACACAAAAGAUGCGCCUAGAACUAAAAGAACAUGAAAUCAUUUGGAUGGGUCGUAGCUCUUCAAAACCAGAAGGUUUUAUGAUACCUACGCAUCUCAAGGUUCUAACAAUUGAAGAGAAGCCGUUUGUAUAUGUCCGUCGAGUUGACGAUGAAUCUGAGUGCAAUUCAGCAGAGGAAAUCUUGUGUCCACAUUAUAACGCUAGUGAAGAAGCCGACCAAUUGUACUGUUGCAAAGGCUUUUGUAUGGACCUCCUAAAAGAAUUAGCGAAAGCGAUCAACUUCACUUACUCGCUGGCCCUUUCGCCGGACGGACAGUUUGGAAAUUACAUAAUACGUAAUUUCUCGCAACCAGGAGCGAAAAAAGAAUGGACUGGUCUCAUAGGGGAAUUGGUGUAUGAAAGAGCUGAUAUGAUCGUAGCUCCUUUGACCAUUAAUCCAGAACGAGCUGAAUUUAUUGACUUUAGCAAGCCUUUUAAAUAUCAAGGAAUCACUAUAUUGGAGAAAAAGCCAUCGCGUUCGUCAACGCUAGUAUCGUUCUUACAACCAUUUUCUAACACACUGUGGAUAUUAGUGAUGGUGUCCGUUCACGUGGUGGCGCUAGUGUUAUAUCUUCUAGAUCGAUUUUCACCCUUUGGAAGAUUCAAACUAGCUAAUAUUGAUGGCACUGAAGAAGAUGCAUUGAAUCUUUCGAGUGCAAUAUGGUUCGCAUGGGGCGUGUUAUUAAACAGCGGUAUUGGAGAAGGUACGCCAAGAAGUUUUUCAGCCCGUGUUCUUGGGAUGGUUUGGGCCGGCUUUGCUAUGAUCAUUGUUGCUUCAUACACAGCCAAUUUAGCAGCUUUCCUGGUUCUUGAGAGGCCAAAAACUAAACUCACAGGCAUCAAUGAUGCACGGCUUCGCAAUACGAUGGAAAAUCUUACGUGUGCUACGGUUAAAGGAUCAGCUGUAGACAUGUAUUUUCGGAGGCAAGUGGAACUUUCGAAUAUGUAUCGCACUAUGGAGGCUAAUAACUAUGAUAAUGCGGAACAAGCAAUCCAGGAUGUGAAAAAUGGGAAGUUGAUGGCUUUCAUAUGGGACUCCUCGAGGCUCGAGUUCGAAGCGGCUCAAGAUUGUGAACUAGUGACGGCAGGCGAACUUUUUGGUCGUUCGGGUUAUGGCGUUGGCUUACAAAAGGGUUCUCCGUGGUCUGAUUUGGUUACCCUUGCUAUAUUAGAUUUCCAUGAAAGUGGCAUAAUGGAAGGAUUGGAUAAUAAAUGGAUUCUUCGUAAUAAUAUGCUAAAUUGUGAGGAGAACGAGAAAACCCCGAACACUUUAGGCUUGAAAAACAUGGCGGGGGUGUUCAUACUGGUUUUAGCUGGCAUUAUCGGGGGUAUUGUUCUCAUCGUGAUUGAGGUGGUGUACAAGCGUCACCAGAUCCGAAAGCAGAAGAAGAUGGAGAUCGCUCGCCACGCGGCCGACAGAUGGCGUGGUGCUGUUGAGAAAAGAAAAUCGCUACGGGCAUCUAUUUUACCAUCACAGCGACGAGCAAAGUCGAAUGGUGUGAAAGAGACAGGAAGUAUCAGCUUGGCGGUGGAUAGAGGAGUGCGGCGGCGCGACGAACCUCGUGUGCCACGCUAUAUGCCUGCGUACACACCUGAUGUGUCACAUCUCGUUGUUUAGUUAGCUUUAAAAUUACCUGCCAUCUUCGGCGGGCAAUUGUGCCAAUCAAUUUCUAAACGAAACAAAAUUGGCUUGAAUAAUAGCGCAUCUUCUUCAACAGCAAACAUUUUGAAAAGGAUAGUGCUACUUUUAGGUAUGUUAAUUUAGUGUAAGUACUUUAUGUAAUUGGUGUAUUACAGAAUAGGCACCAAUAUCUAAUUCACCUUACAUUACAUUACAAUCUUCAAAUAAAUGUGUGUGUCGUGAGUUUCCUGUGGCUGUGUAGAGUGUAAGCAAUAGAAAAAGCAACUCUAAUUAUAUUAUAAAUAACGCUUUUUAGCGUGUAUAAAAUUUAUCGUUUAUAUCCUCAUUAAGAUUUGCUCAAAAUCAAUAUC